AAUGCCGCUCAGUCAUCCACACUGUUUAUAUUCUCAUGUAUGUUGCCAACAUCACCUCUAAGACACGGGAUCCAAGGCAAUUACUCCUCUUUUUAAACUUGCAGUUGCAAUGCUUGUUAGUUAUCGCGCAAGUAUUUGUUAGAUGACUUUAAUGAGCUUCGCAGUGAGCGACCUGCAACGAAAUCUUGGCCACCAUAGCCCUUUCUGUGCUCAUUAGUUCUGUGGCGAGGUUUUUGACAUCUCGUGUCACGUAUUUGUUGAUAUUCACGACAUCGUGCGUGUUUUGAAGUGAAUUGAUGAUGCGACGUAAAUGUAUCAGACCACAUGCAUGUCUUUAAACCACAUGUGUAACCUGAUCUCACUGUGACUAUCCACUUUUGUAUCGUACAAACCUGGGAUUAUUUUCAGAUAUGGAAUGUGGCGACGAGGGAGGUCUGAGUGCUGGGGGUUCAGUAGGAGAAGAUAACUACUUUCGGGGAUAUACCUUCACCGAUCGCUCUCACUCUAGUCGAGUGGUAAAGAGCAUUAUGGACUUGUGUUUAGAAGACGGUCUCUUUGCAGAUGUCACCGUCUUGGUCGAUGGCAAGGAGUUCCAGCUCCAUCGGCUGGUUCUGUCGGCGCAGAGCAGUUUUUUUCGGUCCAUGUUCACGUCAAAUCUGCGAGAGACCCACGAUCGCAACAUCGAACUGAAAGGCGUCAGUGCACAUGUGUUUCAGCUGCUCGUGGACUACAUCUAUCAUGGGACCAUAAAGCUCCGAGUGGAGGAUCUUCAAGACACUUAUGAGAUGGCGGAUAUGUACCAGCUCACCGCUCUGUUUGAAGAGUGCUCGCGCUUUUUGUCGCGCACUGUAGAGGUCAAGAACUGUUUACAGGUUAUGUGGCUUGCUGACAGGCACAGUGAUCAGGAGCUCUACACAGCGGCCAAACAUUGUGCAAAGAUCCACUUGCUUCAGCUCUGUGAAAUGGAUGAGUUCCUAAACCUCCCCCUGCGCCUUCUCAUUGAUAUAAUCAAAGAUGGUGUACCGACCUCUCAAAAUCCGACAGCUUCCAUAGAGGCCUGGAUAAACCACAAUAAGGUGGAAAGGGAAGAAUUUGCCAGUGUUCUGCAGGACAGCCUGAAGGAGAUUGGGGAGAACGUGCACAUCUACCUGAUUGGCAAAGAGGAGACGCGCACCCAUUCGCUGGCGGUGUCGCUGCACUGCGAUGAGGAGGACGACAUGAUCAGCGUCGGCGGUCAGAACAGCCUGUGCCACCAGAUCACGGCCGCCUGCAAGCACGGCGGGGACCUGUACGUGGUGGGCGGUUCCAUCCCGCGCCGCAUGUGGAAGUGCAACAUGCACACCAUGGACUGGGAGCGCUGCGCCCCGCUGCCCCGCGACCGGUUGCACCACGCCCUGGUGUCCGUCGGCGACCAAGACUCCAUCUACUCGCUCGGCGGGAAGUCGCUGCAGGACAUCAUGUCCAACGGCGUGAUCUACUACACCGUGCGGGACAACGUGUGGACCGAGACCAGCCAGCUGGACACGGCCGUGUCUGGCGCCGCAGGGGUUAACCUCGGUGGCACCAUCUACCUGCUGGGAGGAGAGGAGAACGACAUGGACUUCUUCACCAAGCCCUCGCGCCUCAUCCAGUGUUUCGACACGCACACACAGACCUGCCACGCCAAGCCCUACAUGUUGCCCUUCGCCGGCCCCAUGCACGCCACUGCGCACAAGGACCUGAUCUUCGUGGUUGCCGAGGGCGACUCGCUGGUGUGCUACAACCCGCUGCUUGACAGCUUCACGCGACUGCGCUUCCCGGAGGUCUGGAGCUGCGUGCCGUCGCUCUGGAAGGUGGCCAGCUGCAAAGGCUGCAUCUACGUCUUCCGGGACAAGUGCAAGAAGGGCGACGCCAACACGCUCAAGUUUAAUCCCGCCACCUCGGUAGUGUCCGUCAUCAAAGGCAUUAAGAUCCUCCUCACUAACUGGCAGUUUGUGCUCGCCUAAUGCCACAAGUUAUUUCACAUAUAUUUUAGGGGUCUCUUGUGCAGAGACUGAUUAUGAUUCCAUGGGCCCCUUAGGCCUGACAACAAGAAAGCGCCCCCCCUUGACAAAACCAUUCAGGCUAUGUUAAGUCUAUGUUGUCAGGGGGUAGGGGAUUUUCCCCCAGGAAAAUGUGAAAAUACAGUUGUUCAAGUUAAUGCAACUUGAGAAAUCAAAUAUAGAUGCUAGAGCUUCAGGGCCCCCUCAUCUCUUGGGCCCCUUGGCCUGGGCCCAGUAGGCCCAUGCGGUCAGUAAUCUGUCCCUGGUCUUGUGAUCACUAACCAGCUAUUUAUUUGGCUCCUUCAGGGGACCAGGCUGCGCGCCUCAAUGUUUUGUACAUGUAUGCGCGGUAGGUGUUGAGGAGGAGGUGUAUUUGGGUCAUUGAUGGUUUUAGGAGCAGAUCUCAUGGUGAAAUAAGCACAGCUAAUGUCCAUACAAUAGUAGCAUUAGCUGUGGUCGCACCACCUGACCUCCGCUACUAAAUGGCACCUAUUUGAUGUUUAGCAGCAUGUAGUGACCAGUCACUCAUGUUCCUCAUGUUCAAUUGAUCACCCAGGACUUACUGUAGGCCUUGCAGUGGUGUUAGCACUCUUGUUGGCUGUUACCAGGUACUGUUGAGGGAACAAAGAAUGAAAACAUUGAUUGCAACAUUGGAUAGAGAUUUAACAUUAUGGACACUGACUUUUUGGUCACACUUCCCAAUGAUUCGUUCAGUGUUGGGUUCCAAAAUUCUCUCUGAAGCAUCUUUUUUAUUGAGAUCAACAGGGAUGUGGAAUUCAAGGGAUAAUGACUGUUCCUGUCUUAGUUUAUUCUUGAGUCCCUUAACAUGGCUGGGAUGUAUAUUCAUAAAUGUUAUGAUUUAAACUGAUGUAUGAACCCUGAGAGGUCUGUUUACCUUUUCUUGAAAGAGUUUUACAGUAGAAGCAAAACUAUUUUCCAACUAAACAAAACAGAUAUUUUGUCUUUUUUCCUGAAAUGUGAGCUAAUGUAAAUGUUGUACAUGUGUUUUGUCCUUAUAUUUGUAGAGAUUAUUCUAUCAAAUAAAAACAUAUUCAUUUAUAGUAGAA